CUUAGGUUAGGAGAUGAUGCAGAAUGCACACGCUGCUGGCGUCAAUGCGUGAGGACGUUUCCACCCUGGAUUUUGAUUUGGAGUCACUACUUGUUUGGGUUUUUUUUUAAUCUUAACACCGGGGUCCUCCGCCUCUUUCCCAUCCUUUCAGUAGAUUUCUAUUCGAGUUCCAACCCUCGGCUCCCGAUCGUGUAUGGUAUAUUUCGGCUGAUUAUUUGCUGAUUCACCCGCAGAAGACUGUACCAGCAUAAGGGGACUGGAAUAUUCCGGAGUCUCCAGCAUCUGCCUCUGCUCUGUCAUCUGUGAAGCUUUGUGUAAAGGUGUGACCAAUGCCGAAAAACAGUAAGGUUACACAACGUGAGCACAGCAAUGAGCCUGUCACGGAGUCUGUCGCCGAUCUCCUUGCUGGAGAGGAACCUAUUGACUACAAGCGCAGUGCGCUCAAUGUAGGAGGAGUCCCACCCACCAAGGAUAAGGAUGUAGAGAACACCAUGGAGAUUGAAGAUCGGCCAGCCUGGAACAACAAACUGCAGUAUAUUCUGGCCCAGAUUGGCUACUCAGUUGGUCUGGGAAAUGUCUGGCGUUUCCCCUACCUAUGUCAGAAAAAUGGUGGAGGUGCUUAUCUUGUUCCAUACUUCAUUCUGCUUCUUAUCAUUGGGAUUCCUCUGUUUUUCCUGGAGCUUGCAGUGGGCCAGAGAAUAAGGAGGGGAAGUAUUGGUGUCUGGAAUUAUAUUUGCCCCAGGCUGGGAGGCAUUGGAUUUGCAAGUUGCAUUGUGUGUUUCUUUGUUGGGCUUUACUACAAUGUCAUCAUCGGUUGGAGUAUAUUUUACUUUUUCAAAUCCUUCCAGUCUCCACUUCCAUGGAGUGAGUGCCCGCUGAUCUCCAAUGGCACUGUUACCAUUAUAGAGCCAGAAUGUGACAAGAGUUCAGCUACAACCUACUUCUGGUACAGAAAUACACUGAACAUCUCCAACAAUAUUAACGAUGGAGGUGGUCUCAAUUGGAAGAUGACUCUCUGCCUGUUGUCUGCCUGGUUUAUUGUAGGAUUAUGUACAAUCAAGGGUAUCCAGUCAUCUGGCAAGGUGAUGUACUUCAGUUCCCUGUUUCCGUAUGUUGUCCUGAUCUGUUUCCUGAUUCGAAGUCUCCUUCUCAGAGGUUCAAUUGAUGGAAUUCUCCACAUGUUCACUCCUAAGUUGGAGAAGAUGAUGGAAGCGCAGGUGUGGAGGGAAGCAGCUACACAGGUCUUCUUUGCUCUUGGUCUUGGGUUUGGGGGAGUCAUCGCCUUCUCCAGUUACAACAAGAAAGACAACAACUGCCAUUUUGAUGCAGCCCUUGUGGCUUUCAUUAAUUUCUUCACCUCUGUUCUGGCAACACUUGUGGUGUUUGCGGUCCUAGGGUUCAAAGCCAAUGUGAUGAAUGAGAAAUGUGUCAUAACGAACUCUGAAAAGAUUAUUGGAUACCUGAACUCCAAGGUCCUGAGCCAUGAUCUGAUUCCACCACACAUCAAUUUCUCACAUCUCACAGCUUCUGAUUAUGCAGAAAUGUACAGUGUCAUAAAGACGGUGAAGGAGGAUCAUUUCAAGGAAUUAGGGCUGGACACAUGUCAGCUGGAGGAUGAGCUGAAUAAGUCGGUACAGGGAACAGGCUUGGCAUUUAUUGCCUUCACAGAGGCAAUGACCCAUUUCCCAGCUUCCCCUUUCUGGUCUGUGCUCUUCUUCCUGAUGCUCAUUAAUCUUGGACUGGGCAGCAUGAUGGGAACAAUGGAAGGAAUCAUGUCACCAAUUGUUGAUACGUUUAAAGUUCGCAAAGAGUUUUUAACAAUCGGGUGCACGGUGCUUGCUUUCUCAAUCGGACUCAUCUUCGUCCAGCGUUCUGGGAACUACUUCGUCACAAUGUUUGAUGAUUAUUCUGCCACACUGCCCCUCACUAUUGUGGUUAUUUUGGAAAAUGUAUCUGUAUCUUGGAUUUAUGGGACAAAAAAAUUCAUGCAGGAGUUAACAGAAAUGCUGGGCUUCACUCCAUACAGCUAUUAUUACUACACCUGGAAGUACGUCUCUCCCCUGGCCAUGGCUAUUCUGACGGUGGCCAGUAUUAUUCAGAUGGGCAUUACUCCACCAGGAUACAAUGCCUGGAUAAUGGAGGAGGCUACAGAGAAGUUCCUGAUAUUCCCAGGGUGGGCCCUGGGAGUGACCAUUGCACUGAUUGUAGUGGGAGUUCUUCCCAUUCCCAUUGUCUUCAUUGCCCGCCAUUUUCAUCUUGUUUCUGAUGGGUCCAAUACUUUGUCUGUUUCGUACAAACGAGGUCGAAUGAUGAAAGACAUAUCCAACUUGGACGACCAUGACGAGACCAGGUUCAUCCUGAGCAAGGUCCCCAGUGAGACGCCUUCGCCGAUGCCCACUCAUCGCUCCUAUAAUGGACCAGAUAGCAUCUCGCCAAUGGAAAUGACUGCUGCCAACGGACGAUAUGGGGUUGGCUACCUAUCAGCAGACACUCCCGAAUCUGAACUCUAAGGUGGAUUGAGGAAGGAAGCUCAGCUCAAAAUGCAUUUGUAAUAUAAAGUGAAACAGUAAGUGGUGCAACGAUUAAUCAUCAGUUGUUACUGGGGCAAACAACCCAAGACUAGAUCGAUUUGACAAUGAUCUUCACUGGUAUAUAACCAAUCCAAAUAGUGUAAGCAGUAUGGAUCUUCAGCGGUGUAGGCACUGGUGUCUCGGACAUGUCUCAGAGCAGGUAACAUUGAGAAUGCAUUUUAAUAAACCCGGCUUGUAUCAACUCAGGCAACACAUAUACCUCUUGAGUCAGCACAAGUAAUACAUAAUUAUUUGGUUAUUUUUCUCCAUCAGUACAAGUAUCACAAAAACCAUCCCUAUAAAAGCACAGAUAUCCAUAUAUUCCAGCCUUAUAACAAUACAGGCAUUGUAUGUAGUAAUCUCUUAUUUAUAUACUGAACUGUAUCUAUUGAUAUAUAUGCUGAUCGUGUUUCAGCAAAACUGCGUUAUAUGCAACACCUGCAUAAAGAGAUACAAUAUACUGUCAUAUUAUUGCCGCUGGUAUAGGCACUGCACAUUAUCUGUCUGCACCUUCAGCACAAAUGUCAAAUAGACUUCUAGCGCAAGCAAUAUGUUUCUCAGCCCUGAUUCAGUACAACUACUUUAUAGGCUAGACCUGUACAGGCUCAUAAAUAUAGAUUCAGGAAGACUAAUGUUGUAUUAAAUGCAUAUGUUAGUACAAAUGCAUGUGCUUGCUGGUGUCUUCUGUGGUAUUAAUGUCUGCACAGACAUUCUGUGUGCCAGCAAGGGUACUGGAUGCAGAGGCCACAGCAGUACAGAUGUUGUACGUGUCAAGCUUAUGUCAAAUGGUAAUUGCAUGUGCAAGUCAGUUAUCAAUAUGGAUUGGCCAGUAAUAGCCCCAGAUACUUAGCAUGUGAAUUGCAUGUCUUAACUCUGAAUAGAUGUUGUAUCCACUUACUGUGUGUCAAUACAAACAUUAUAUGUAAGUAUAAAUGGUGCAUGCAUUAGACAUGUUAGUGCAGCACUGGCAGUAAAGAGCCAUAUCUGUGUGUUGGUCUUGCAUGUAUUUGCUAUGCAGCAGCAGAAAUGUCAUAUGUGCUUUCUGGCUGUUGUACAAAGACUGGGAGAAAUCACUGUGGGUUAGUACACCGCAUGGAAUAGUGGUGCGUUAGUAUAAGACGUGGAGCCGUGUUACUAUUGAUGUUGCAUGUGCUUGCUUUGCUUUGCAUCAGAGCAGAUGUUACAUAUACUAACCACGUCAGUAAAGAUGCUGGAGGUACUAGCUCUCUCUCUGUACAGAGGUUACACAUACCUGCUGAAUAUGUGUGGAUGUUCUCACUCACCUUGUCACAACACAAACAAUGUUUGUGCAGUGUGUCACUACCACCAUUGCAUGUAUGUAUCAAUGAAGGUAUUGCGAGUACUGGCAGUAUUUCAGUACAGAUAUUGCAUGUAUGUAUUGUGUCAGAAGUGAUGAUGCAUGCCCUUGCCAUAUCUACAGCCCUUGCAUGCUUUUUGACACAUGAGAGUAGAUGUGAAAGUAUGAACUGGGUAUCAAUAUGCUGUAGAUAAUACAAGUACUAAAAUGGCAUUUGCCCUGGAUGCUCCGAGUACGCGCUGUGUUGUCAGCCAAGUGUGACAGACACUCAUCCCUACAGGUUGUCAUCAGCCAGUCCUCAGUACAGAUGCCACAUGUACUUGGACACAUAUCUGUGCAAAUGUAGCUGCUGAGUACAGAUGCCACAUGUACUUACUGCCAGAGUAAAUGCAUUCUGAGUUUGUAUUUGAAUCCGCGUACUAUUAAUGGACCCACUGAUUAUCCAGAUCCAGUAUUUGUACUAACCCAGGGCUAGCACAUGCAACCAUGCACAAGUGAUUUAGCAUCUAAGGAAAAGAUUCCCUUGUUAGGUAGAUUAACUUCCACAUAUCAGGUCUCAUCAACCUUAGAUCUGCAGGCAGACUUACCCCCAAGCACAAAUGAUAGGAACAUUAAAUCAGCAACUCUAAGGCGAGCAGGUCUCUGGAAAUAGAUACAUCGAGUAACAGUUAAUACACAUUAGAUUUUCCAUAUAUUUUAUUGUAUUCUGAAUACAAUCUUUCUCUCUCCAUUGCCUCAUUACAGAGACAAGGCCCUAACAAUCAGGGCCAUCAAAUUCAUCAAAUCUGGGCAAAAAAUUUCAAGGUGGUCUUCUCACAGAGUCACAUUUCAUUAUGAAGGGGGCCAAGACUCAGUUUUGAAAGUAGAAAUGAGCCUAACUGAGUAGUGGUUCGGUUUCUCCACUGAUAACUCAGAGGUGUGAUUUUAGAUGCUACCAUUGCUACAGAAUUUAAUACUGCUUAAUUGAAAAAUUAGGAAGUAUGAAGCUGGUAUGGGGAAAAAUGAUCAAGAAGCUGUUGGACUCUCUUAAAAUUACAGCUCAUUCCCUGUUGUCCUUAAGAAAGUUCCCAACCUUUACCCAAGUCUCAGUCAAGCUGUGGCCCCACAGCAACUACAUUCUGAAAUCAGUUCACUUGUAAUGGGCAAUGACUAUGGCCGUACCGAUGGAAGUGGAGACAAUGAGUAAAUAAACCCCUGCUUUGCUCAUCCAGAAUAGGAUCCAAGCUUGCUCUCACCCCCACACUUUUAAUUUCAGUCCCGUGUUUUGCCUGAGCCCCCACACAGAAAUGGCUUCUUCUACAGCUCACAGCAGUGUCAGUCUGUUUCCCCUCAACCCUCUGCUCUGUCACCCAUCACUCACUACCUUCCAUCCCACCCUCUCUUCACAUUUCCUCCACUCACCUAACCACCACUGUUCUUUCCUUCAUUCAUUCUGCCCACCUCUUACUCUGCAUGCUCCAUGCAUUUCUCUCCCCCUAUUCCCCCUCCAUCCCAACAUUACCCCUCUGUGUUCCUCUCUCCACUCAUACCCAUCACCCUCUUUCCACAUUCUCCCUUCCACCCUCUCUCCCUUCUGUAGUUUAACUUGGUUGUUAUAAUAUCAAGUGCAAUAUUCUCCAAUGCCUUAAUACUGUAGUAUUAGACCAUAAGACUUGGGAGCAGAAUUAGGCCAUUCAGCCCAUUGAAUCUGCCUGCCAUUCGAUCAAUGGCUGAUUUACUUACCUGCUCAACCACAUUCUCCUGCCUUCUCUCCACAACCUUUGAUGCCAUUACUAAGCAAGAACCUUUCAACCUCCACUUUAUAUAUGUAUAUAUAUAUACCCAAUGACCAGCCUCCAUUGCUGUCUGUGGCAAUAAAUUCCACAGAUUCACCACCCUCUGGCUAAAGAAAUUACUCCUUUGCAAACCAACAAGAAAGCUUAAACUUGUUUAUGUCAUUUUGGCAUAGCCAAAACUAACACCACGCCACAGGUAGAAAAAACACAAUCAACUGCAUAAACACUCCAAAUUACUAACUAGUGACUCCUCCGAUGCUUUCACAGUCAUGUAAUAUUUUGUUAUUCCAAGAUUAGUCUGACGGAUCUUUAAGGGUUCUUGAAGAACAUUCCAAAACAAGGUUAAUGCCUAUGUGGGGAGAUGAAAUUUUUCUGGAUGAGAACUUGUGAGGAGAUUCUAGCACAAUAUCCAAUCCCAGAAUGAGCUACACUUAAGCAAAGAUCUCACUCCAAUAAUCCGACUACAAUGGUGCUGGACUAUUGGAUGUUACUUCUAUUAUUCCAAUGCGCAUUUAUUUCACUUUUUAACAUAUUAUAUUGCAAGUGUAUUAAAUAUUCCAGUGAAGUGAUCAAGUUUAAAAUGAAGGAGGAACUGAAAUGAACUGACUUAAAGGGAGUGUGGAACAGAAUCCAGAGAAUUUCAGCUUUUAAAAUGGAAUUUAUGCCACACCUAGCUAUACUCUCUAUAAUACAGGACCAACAAUGCAAAUACACAGAUUUGCAGAUAGUAAGUCCAUAGCUAACAAAGGGUUAGUGUAUUAAUGAGUGAUCUUUUAGAGUUUCCAAACAAUAAGUUAUCAGGCUACUGGAAUUUUAUUGCAAAAUCUAAUUACAGUUCACUACUUCCUCUUGAGUCCAGACAGAUCACAACAGGUCCAGCAGAAGCUGAUCUCUCGUGUUGGUCACUCAAGGAACAUUGAUAUUCAGAAACAAAACACUUCCCCCUCAAAAUUUCUGAAAUUUCAGUGCUAAGUAGCAACCAUCUUGGUUGCUGAGGGCAGCUAGUCUCAAUAUCACUGACCAAUCAGUGUUGGUUUGCAGAUUGCAGUAUUAAAGCUUGCAAAAUCAACAGCUAACUAGGCAGCACGUAGCUGCUUCUGAAGGUUAAUCGUUGCACUCUGUAUAGUGUUCAGAGAUUAACAUGUACUUGGAUUAGACACCAGUAGUAAACAGUCCUGUGUGUGUUAUUGGUACUUUAGGUAGUGUGAGUUCAUGUAUUUGGGGAGGGGACUUAUUCUAGACUUUUAUGUGGAGCCCUGUUAAUUUAUAGCACAUGAUGGUAAGCACAGUGGGAACAUUGCCAUUUCUCUAGAUAUAAUGUUGUGAUACUCCAAUGUUUCAGAGAUAUAUAGAUUUCAGCUUUCAAGUGUUGAUUUUGUUUCAAGUUGUACAAUCAGAUGGAUCAGAUAUAAUUUUUUAUUGCACUUUAUUAUUACUAGAGGUGCAGCAAUUAAUUGGAACAUGAAAUCCUGUGGGAUAGUAUGCCAUUUGGCCCAUUGCACUUGUGCUGGCUGUUUGAACAAACGAUCCAGCUGGUGCUGUGCCCCUGCUCUUUCUCUACAGACAUGCAGAUUUCAUUUCUUCGACUAUUUAAUCAAUUUGUUUUUGAAGCUACAAUUAAAUUUGCUUUCAGCUGACAUCACUUUACUUUAAAUGCCCAUAAAACCAUAAGGUAUAGGAGCAGAAUAGGGCCAUUAAGCCCAUCAAGUUCAUUCUGCCAUUCCAUUGUGGCUGAAUUAUUUUCCCUCAACUCCAUUCUUCAGCCUUCUCUCCAUAACUUUUGACCCUCUUACUAAUCAAGGACCUAUCAACCUCCACCUUAAAUAUAUUAAAUUAUUAAUAUCCACUAAAAUUAAGUAACUUUUAGAUGGGCAUGGCAAUAUGGCUUUUCCUAAGCUUGCACCAGCAAAGUAACUUCUGUUAGUCAAAUACACAACUGUUCAUGUGGUGUCAGGGACACCUACAGUUGAUACCUGGAAUUGCAGCCAAGGAGGACCACUCCACAAGUUACUUGGCUGGUGGCUAUGGCCAAGCUCCCAACUCUACGUUUAACUGGCUGGUUACAGACAAAAUCUGGUAAUGUCAAUAAAUUUAUUCUUUGAGUCCUGUAGGGAUACAUUUGUAGGAUUUGUGAAUUUCCUGUUCAUAGACAAUAAACCCAGAAUAACUGUGGAUUCUGCUUCAUUCCUUCCUGUCCGGAGGGAACAGUCUUGGGAGAAAGCUAUCAAGCGGCAGCUGCUGGCCAGUGAAAAGUGAUUUGUCGGUCAGGUUUGUUACUUGCCAAAGAGGAUGAGGAAGCAGAAAAGUAUAGUAAGUCAAACCUGGCAUUUUUUUUGGAAAUAAGGCUUCAACCCAAUGAUAAUCAGUCUUAAUUGAUCAGAGCUGAGGCCAGAACCUAUCUGGUUGAAUGCAGUGAUUGUGCUGCGUUAAUCCCUGCCCCCAAACACCUCUUCCGUGUGAGUUCCUGAAUAAAUCUGGUUAAUAGUAACCUGAUCUCUCACCCAGAUGCACAGUCAAUGCAAGCAAUGCACAGUAGUAAAUGUGUGUUCCCCAAUGUUCUCCUGUGAAAUCAAAGUUGAUAGUUUCUGCCUUGACACUGGUCAGCGUAAGUGCCAAGCACCUGAAAGCAUCUCUGAAUAAAUGACCAGAGUUUCACAAGAUUACAGACAGGAAGUGCUGGAAAUAUAAACUGGCUUGCAGGGAUUCAAAAGAGGAACAGUUACCAUCAAGAAAGAUGUUAACUCCAGGAUUUUCUCAUCUUGUUUGACCUGCUGUUUAACUCCAAUCCAGUGCCUGUGGGUUUACAUUUUAGAAGUAAGUUCUGAGCAAAAAUCUGAUUUACUCUGAUAUGGAGGUCAGUUAUUAACACUAUGUCCAUGACCUAUGAUUUUCACUGACGAGUAGAAUUACAUUAAGAUGAUAACCAGUGAUUAACUCACCUAGUGACCAGUGCUUACACUUUCAGGGUAAUGAUUAUCACUAACAUACUGACCAAUGAGCCAAACUAAUGUCGGAACCAGUUACUAAUAUGGUCGUGGCAGCCAGCAAUUUACAAUAGUGAUCUGGGAUUUAGUUAUAAUCACUGAGGAUCAUUGAUGUUCCUCUGCUUGUAAGGGCUGAUCAGGCAGGACACAGCAAAAAACAGGAAUAGAUGCUUCUGCAAUCUCUCCAGUGUGGUUUACUACUCACUGCUGAGGUCAGAGAUGCAGAAGCUCAGUCAUAGUUCAAAGUUUCAAUGCCUGAAGUGAAGGAAGGAACCAGUCAUCAAAUUAUAGCAACAAUCUGACAGUAUAACUCGCACAAAGAGCUGUGAGUCCAUUCCUGGUUCCCCCUUGUUUUACUGUAUGUUGUUAUCUCCACUCUGGCAAUGGGCUGUGUGUAUGUAAGCCAGUCAUGCAGUAAUGACACCUUCCUGCACUACCUACAUCGUAAACCAGGUUAUAACAUUUCAUUAUAUAGACAUUAACAGAAGCCUUUGCAAAUGCAAGAAUUUUAAUAUUUUAUAGAUAACAGCCAGACAAAGGAUAAAGUCAAGUCGAACGUUGGGCACAAAAGGAAGUUUGUGUUUUUGUUAUUCCGCAGUGGUGUCGCGAUCAGUGUGCCACUAUUACAGCCCUGGGUGUUACACAGUUUGGACUUCAAUCCGGGUGCCGUUCAGUAUGUCUCUGCAUGACUUCCCCGUGAUUAGUUUAGAGUUAAUUGGGGAUGUGACGUUGCUAGGGCAGCGAGGUUUGAAGGGCCUACCCUGUGCUGUACCAUCAAACAAAAUACGCGCAAAAUGCAUGAAAUAAUGACAUGUAUGCAUUGAAAUCCACUUAAAAUUCAGUUUCAAAAUGAAUGUAAUUUUACAAAUUGUGUUCUGCACACAUUUAGCCUAAACAAUGAAUUUCAUGUGGUAGAAAGUGAUGGAACAGAAGCACAACAAGGUGUGAAAUAUUUUACAGCAUAUUUAACUUUUAAUCAUUGCAGCAAUCCACUUGUUGCCCAGUAGGCAGUCAGGAUCAUAAAUAGUAAGCUCAAACCUAAAGGCCGAUUAAAAAGAAAACAAACUUCCCAGGAACUGCAGGUAACCACAGGGUUACUUUUCUCUCUCUUUAAAUCCCUUUCUGGAGAAGAAUUCUUUGCCCUGGUACAUGACUAUUGCUAAAGCCCUACAAUUGCUGCACCUCUGGCCACUGUAGGUAGAACAUUGGCCAAUUUGGUAUUUGUGUGACUUAGAGAAUGUAGUAAUAAUCUAAAGAUAUUUAUAUUGUACAUUGAACCUGUAUAUGUCUGUGUACAUUAUGUUAAAUUAUGAGAAUUACAGAAGUUUUGCUGAAUAUUUUCAUGCUAUUGUUGGUUAGUAGUGAUGUAUAUAUUCACUGUAUAUUUAAUAUAUAGUAUCACAUGAGAACAUGUACAAAUUUUCUUGUUUUUGUACUGUUUGAAAGGUUUUCUUGUUAAUUGAUUGAUAACUCAGCAUUCUUUUGGUUUAAUGUUUUAUUUCUUUUUUUGUGGUAAAAUUGGAUAGGUGUUCACAUUCCUAGUGGCUCCUUUCAAGAAGGCACUGGAGCAGGGGCACAUUAAGCCAAGAAUCCCACUUUAGUCUGGACAAUAGAUUGAGCCAGAGCAUGAAUUCAUAAAACCAUGGAAAUUUGUGGCAUAAACAUCCACAAAAUUAGCUGUCCAGCCUUUUCCCAUUUCACACUUUCUAGAUCAGCGGUACUGGAUGUAGAGGAAAUCAAUAUGAAUAUUCAUAUACUUUUAAAAAUGUGAUAGUCACUUCUCUCUCCGCUUUGCUUUAACACUCUGCUUCUCUAACAGUAUUCCAGUUGCCAUUCAGGGUGAAUGAAUAAAUAUGUUUAGGGCCAUGUCAGAACUUAUGUAAAUCAGGUGAUUAACCCUUUAUGUGACUAUUUAAGAAAAGGAGUGAGCUAAUCAAAGUGCCUUCAAAAGACAUUUAUUAUUUGAAAAAGCUGUUUUUGACUAGUGUAAAAUGCAGUGAACCUCUGAACACGUAUCUUAUAUAAAAUGAUCAUGGGCAUUUCCUGCACUGUUAAAAAUCAUUCCUGGCCAAAAUCCAGAAUUACAGAAUUAGGUCUGAGGACAGAUUUUGCUUUUAUAAUGCCCGGAUCAUCUAGAGCUGAUAAUCUCUACUAUUUUCUAUCAAUUGUUAAUCUGCUCUUACACAUAAAACUGUGUGUGGUCAAAUAGAAAGUUUUAUGAAGGAUCUGAUUUUUUGAGAUAUCAAUAUUGCACAAACUCGACAGCAAAAUUUUUAUUCUUGAUUGAUGGGUGACUUUGUACUGACAGGUUAACAACUAGAUGUUACCCAUUGCUUAAGUGGUGAGAGUCAAGACUUGCCUUUGAACUGCUGUAUGGUUCUGGUUACUUUCUAUUCCUUACAAGCUCCAGUCCAUGAGCCUGUGCCCAGGGACCAGCAGUCUGAUGGUAGGUUAUAUGGUAAGCGGUGGGAUCCUUGAAGUUUUACUGCUAUUUGCAGUGUGAUGAAGCCAGCAGUGUGGAUCAUGGGAAUAAGGUGAGGCAGAACUCUUCCUCUCACCAGCUUCUCCGUCUUUCUGUCUCACUUUGUCUGUACUCUCUUUUUUUCCAUUCUUCUUCUUCUCUCUCACUUUAUUCCUUUCUCUCUCGAGCCCAGAUUCAGAAGUGAUUGAUGAUUUUGUAGUGAAUGAUGCUGAAGUACCCUGUUUUCACAAAUUACAGUAUAAUGGAUGAAAUUUGGUUUCCCAGUUCCAGACAAUUCUCCCUCAUGAAUGCUAAAAUAUCUAAGGAUGUUAACAUCAAUCUUUAUCUGUACAUAGAUCUGAACAUCAUGCUUUUAAAGCAAGGUUAAUGUGAUUUAGCUGAAAUGAAUGGGAGGCUUUGUGGCCAAUAUCAAUACCAAUAAGUACGCAAAUUAUCCAACCUCAGUCUGGGAUAGAGCAAACAUUUUAG